CACCCACUCUGUCACGACAUCACAAUGGCCGGUCCAAAGUAUCAAAACGUCCCACAGCGCGACUCGUUCGACAACCCGCAGUACUCGCAAGCCCCGCCUUCGUAUGAGCAGGCAGAGACCUCCACCAACGAGGCCCUCCUCGGAGGCGCUCCUCGUGGGGAGGAUGACAACCUUCCCGACGACUUCAAGUUCGGCGGCGUCGUCAGCGAAGCAACGCUCGAUAUCCGCAUGCAAUUUGUUCGCAAAGUCUAUGCCAUUCUCACCGUCCAGCUUCUCGCUACCGUCGCCCUGAGUGCCGUGUCUUUUGUCAGCCCUACAUACAAAAACUGGAUCCAGAGUAAUCAAUGGAUGAUGUGGCUAUCGCUCUUCGGAGCUAUUGGCUUUAUGCUGCUCACAUUCUGGAAACGGAAGUCAUACCCAACGAACUUGCUGUUCCUCGGAGGAUUUACGGCCCUCGAGGCAUACUCGAUCUCCGUCAUUACGUCCUUUUACGAUGCCAAGAUCGUUCUCGAAGCCUUAAUCUUCACGGUCGCGAUAUUUGUCGCUUUGACGCUGUUCGCCUGCCAAACCAAAUACGACUUUACCAACUGGAUGCCUUACCUGUUCGGCGGCCUCUGGGUUUUGAUCAUCUUUGGUUUCAUGGCCGCAUUUUUCCCGUACAACUCCAAGGUCGAGCUUGGCUACGGAGUUAUUGCAGCUUUGAUCUUCAGUGGAUACAUACUCGUCGACACCCAACUCAUCAUGCGUCAUUAUCACGUCGAAGAGGAAAUUGCGGCUGCCAUCUCUCUUUACCUGGAUAUCAUCAAUCUUUUCCUUGCUAUUCUGCGCAUUCUCAAUAGCCAGAACAAUAACUGAUUCUAGCCGGGCUUUUCAUCUUACGAGAGGGAUGAAUGGUAAGCAUGGUACGUAUCGCGGGUUGGCAACGAAGGUCGAAUUGGCUGGAUCGCUCUGGAGAAUCCCAGUGCGUUGAAUCUUAUGUACCUGUUUCCUUCGAACCUUGAUUAGCGUUGUAAUGCGAUAUCUGCUCUCUGCUAUUAUUCUUGUUCAAAUG